AUUUUAUAAGGCUGUAAGACAACCAUGAGUUGCAUUAAUAAUUAAAACUGAUAAACUGGUAGAUUUCUAAUAUAAUUUAUGGCUAUAUUUUCUGCAAAAGUCUGUGAUACUAGCCAAUUGUAAAUUUUAGUGAAGUUUUUUCCCCCCAAAUAUGUGGGUUUUUUAUUUAAUUGGUACUAGUUUGGUAUGUAAUCUAUUAUUUUGUAUUACAGGAGUAGUAUGGGAGAAAGGAUUUUAGAUGCUGGAGAUUAUGACUUACAAGUAGGUAUCGUAGAAGCACUAUGUAGAAUGACUACAGAAAAACAAAGACAAGAACUGGCAUGUCAGUGGUUUUCAAUGGAUUUUAUUGCUAAUGCAUUUAAAGGAAUUAAAGACUCUGAAUUUGAAACAGAUUGCAGAGUAUUUCUCAACCUUGUAAAUGGCAUGCUUGGAGACAAGAGAAGGGUCUUUACAUUUCCUUGUAUAUCAGCAUUUCUUGAUAAAUAUGAGUUGCAGAUACCUUCAGAUGAAAAACUUGAGGAAUUUUGGAUAGAUUUUAAUCUUGGGAGCCAGACUCUAUCAUUCUACAUUGCUGGAGAUAAUGAUGUAAGCUUUAUUCUAGCUAACAUUUUAU